AAUAGACAUUGUUUUGCCGUUUUGUCAGUUCGUAUGCAAUUUGGAAACGGUAAAAAAUACGUACGUAUAUACACGCGUAAACUGUAGAAACCGUAUAAACGGUAUAAACAAAUAUGAAUGGAUUUCCGUGUGUCUUUUACGAACAAAGUAUUUAUCACAGGGCAGUCGUGUACUCGUGUGUUGUGAAUCGAUGUGCUUCAGUAGUAAAAGCACAUCGGUUGUAAAUAAAUAUAAACAGAGUGUAUGCUUCCAACAUCUACGGAUAAAGCAGACUACUUGCUGCCUGCAAUGGAUGGUUUUGAAAAUUUAUGCCGGAUUUGUUUGACUGGUGGAAAUGUAGAGAUGGAUUUUUUGCUAAUCAACAUCUUUGAAGCAGGAAACCAUGAAACAACAUCAGAAUUUGUAAUAGCUGAAUCUCUUGAAAAGAUAUGUGGAUUAAAGUUAUCGGAGAACGAUGCUUUUCCAAAAAACAUCUGCUCGGUAUGUCUUUGUCGCCUGGAAGAAGCCCAUAAAUUGCGGCAACUCUCGCUGACCUCCCAGGAUGCGUUAUGUGAUAUGCUUUCCAAAGAACUAAUUACCGGAGUGUCACCUGAACAGCAUGUUUCGGAGCCCGUCGAAGACGCGAUAGAGUAUUUAGAUGAUCAUGAGACGUACCUAGUGGAAGUGGUGGAGGAUGAUGAAAAUGAUAUAAAAAUUGAGGAGGUUGAAGUUGCAGAAUGGACAGACAAGGUUCAUUGCUGCGGUUGUGAUGCUACAUUCGAAACCGAAUUGCAAUUGCGGAAGCACUCUGUUCAUGCUCAUCGCCCUAAUGCGAAAAAGGAUGCAUCAGAAACUGAAGUGCGAUGCAAUGUUUGUUAUACACAGUUUUCAAAUCAAAUGGAAGUUAUCGCCCAUAAGUCUGGGAAAAACAAUGUACAAUCGUUGAAAAAGUGUGAAUUUUGCGGCUGCAACUUUGUAUCGGACAACGGUCUGACAAACCAUUCAGAUGUAUUUCACAAAGAUAGGCGCUACAAAUGCUGCAUUUGCAGUUUCUCAUGCUAUGUGAAGGAUGAACUAUACGACCAUGCUAUUUGCCAUAAUACAGAUGCCAACAUAACCGAGAAAAAGAAAAGACAUCGGUGCACAGUUUGCAUGUCAUCUUUCAAAACCCAUCGUGAAAAGCGACUCCAUGAACGUUUUCCCUACCGACAGCUCCGCAGGGGUCGGGUUGAAAAAGAUCAAGAAGUCACUGUAACGGUCAUAAGAUGCUGCGGUUGCGCCAAAGUUUUUACUCUUAUGUCCGAGCUCUGCAACCAUCAGGAACAAGAACACUUACCGAAUCGCGUGGAUCCUUCCGAAGAGUAUCCUUUAGAAUGCGGUGGGUGCUAUAAGCGGUUCAAGAACAAUUCGUUUCUCAAUAAACAUCUUAAGCGCGCUGCUGAUAAGAAACUAUUCGCUUGCUCUAAGUGCUCCGUAACUCGACGGAGCCUAGCAGAGCUGAUUGAACACGAAGCAUCUCACACUGGAAAGAAUGCUUUCAGUUGCUGUGGAUGUAGGAAGCAGUUCGAAUCGAAAGAACUAUUAGAUUUACACUCGCAGCAGGAACACGCUAACAAACCGAAGGUCUACUACAACGAUGAAGAGGACACUGAACGCCCGUUCGAGUGUAACAUUUGCUAUAGAAGGUACAAAACUAUCCGGGAUCUACGUGGUCAUCAACGGUUCGUUUAUUACGACAAAGUUCACGUGUGUGACAUUUGCGGAAAAAGUUUCGUACAAGAACAUAGUCUCGUCGUACACAUAGCCACUCACAAGACCAAGGCCGAGUUUCCGUGCCCUAUCUGUGGCAAAAAAUACAAACACAAAUCAAAGGUGCGAAAUUGUGUUGUUCAACAUGAACGCCCGAAGCAACACAAGUGCAAAAUCUGCAAUGUCUCUUUUCCGGCCGCUUCCAAUUUGUACUCUCAUAUGAUUUCUCAUUCGGAAGAUCGUCGCCACAAAUGUGAUGUUUGCGGUCAAACUUACAAACGUAGUUUCCAUCUUCGAAAGCACAUGAACAGUCAUACCACCGAGAAAUAUUUCGCGUGUAAGUACUGCUCGUCGAAGUUCAGCACAACCACCGAAUUGUACAAGCACGAGAUCCGUCACACGGGGCUGUACCCUUACGAGUGUGAUAUUUGUGACAAAAAGCUAACAACUCGUCAGGUGCUUAUCAAGCAUUACGAGUCCCACAUGGAUGACUCGGACAAGGUUUUUGUAUGUCAGCUGUGUCCCGAAAAGUUCAGCCGGGACCACUUUCUUUCGAACCACAUCAAGUACAAACAUCGCCUGGAACCCCAGGACAAGCAAUGGAAUGACAAAUUCAAUCGUAAAGGACCAAACAGGCUAAGGGGUGGCCGCAGAUUGCCUGGAGUUAGAGGACAGUUGAAGGUUGAUGACUCUUCUCAGGAUGAAGAGAUGAAUGAUGAUACAGAUGUGGUUGAACGGAUAGAAAUCGUGGAAGAAGUCGAAACCAGAGUUAUUCAAUAGUUAUCAUCUAUUUGUCGAAAACAUAGCUAAGUAAAUUAGAGUUGCAGUAACUUUACUUUUAAUGCCUAUAUUUUUGAAAUAAAUCACAAAAGAACAAUAAAUUAUAUUUUUGAUCGUA